AUGGGUUUGACGUUCUGGUAGGUUAUGUUAUAGUAUUAGUAAGUUAUGCUAUACUAUUAGGUUGUUCAAAUAAUUCUGAGCCAUUUGCUGUAAAAAUUUUCUUUGAGAGAGGGCUCAGAAUUACUUGAACAACCUACUAUUAUAUAUAUAUGUCUUGUAGAAUGUAAUAUGUUAUAAUAAAAACGAUUAUGAGCUUAACAUCUUAAAUUUUAAAAAAUUUGCUUUUAGGACGAGUUUUGUUGUUUUAUUGGCAGCCGGCUUGUACAUAGGUAUCAACAAGAUCCAUUUUGAACACAAUGUUGUAAAGUAAGUUUUCUUCAAAUAUUUUUUGAAAAAAGAUAGUUUAAAGGCUAGGGUAAUGGCGGUAAUAGCAAGAAUAGAUAACCAUAACAGAGACCAGUACAUGAUAAGAGUUUUGAGCAUAACAGCAACAGAAAUAUAGGAUUGUCUAAAGCAAGAACUAUUAUAUUUCAGAUUAACCUCAACAAGAGAAUUGACCGGUAAAUUAGCUCAAACUUCCCAAAACACUAUAAAAUCUAUUGACAAGGUAGCUGAAGGCCAAAUUUUUGGUCCAGAAUGCUUGGUGAUACACAAAAAUGCGAUUUAUUCAGCAAACUUGGAUGGAUCAAUUGCCAAGAUUGUCGAUGGAAAAGUAGUGAAAAAGCUAGAACUUUUCAAAAAUAAUCCGGCUUGCAGUAAGUUUGGGUUGGGAAGGAGUAGUGAUGGGGUGUGAAGAAGAUGUGGGUAGAGACAGAUUUAAUCUAGAAUAGAGCAUCUCUAACACAUGCUAAAAUCAACUUAGGGUAGAUCAUGAGCAGUGAUGGGGUGUACAAAAAGCCUAGAUAAGGCUUGUGCAAGACAUGAUACGACUUGGAAAGGACGGCAUAGGUAGUGAUAGUGUACGGAGAAGGCCUGGGCAAGGUAAAGCUAAGGUUAACCAAGGGUAGGGCAGGGUCAGAUAUAGUGUAAGACAUAGGUGAGGCUUGGAGAAGCUAAGGCUUGGGUAGGGUCAAAGUAAGGUUAAGUUAAGAGAUAGCAUAGGCUAGAGGAACUCUAAGAGUAAGGUAGGGCUACUAAAGGUAGAACUAUAAUAAAAGUAAAGCCCUAAAGAAAGGAUAGGGAUAGUGUAAACGUCAUGUUACAAACAAGGUAUGGAUAUAUUGGGAUAGAAAUAGAAUAAAACAACGACAGGACAAGGAUAAGAUUCGUAAAACUUAAAAAAAUCUAAUUUUAGGACAACACAAGUGCUCCCAACCUCUCGGAAUUCGCUAUUGGAAAGAAGAAAAGUUUGUUUUUGCCGAUGGAACUCUUGGCAUCUUUGUGGUCGAUUUUAAAACUGGUAAAUCUUAAAUUUUUAAAAAAUUUUGAAAAAAUUUAAAAUAAUUUUUUGAACUAUUUAAAAUUACUUUCAAAUUUAUAAUUUUUUCAUUUCCAGAGCAAUUCAAGCAAGUGUGUACAGCUGGCUAUGUCAUUGGAAAAUGGCCUAUUGGAUUCGCUGAUGACUUUGAUUUCAUUGGAGAAAAUACGAUUGUUUUCAGUGAUAUGAACCCGAAAUGUGGCAUGAGAAAUUUUGUUCAUUGCUUCAUGGAAUACUCAAAGGAUGGGCGGUAAGUGCAGGGUAGGGUAGGGUAGGUUAGGGUAUGGUAGGGUAGGGUAGAGUAGGAUAAAGUAAACUAGAGCACAGCACGUUAAAUUACUGUACCUUACCGUACUAAAAUUGCCAUUAUUAAUCCUACAACACAAUCCUAAAUUUCAGAAUAAUCAAGCUAAACCUAAACACAGGAGAACUCGAAAUCAUCGUCGAAGACAUCCUCACUCCAAACGGAGUAGUAGCUCAUCCAGACAAACAAUCCGCCAUCGUAGCAUCAUCAGUUCAGUCUCAGCUCUACCGUGUUUACUAUGCUGGAAGUAAGAAAGGGAAUGUUGAAGUGUUUGCUGAUGGUCUACCUGGCCUACCAGAUAAUCUACGCCAAACUUCUGGAGGAAAAACGUUUUGGAUCGCGUUCUACCAGUCGAAUGUUGGCGGAAGACCACCAAUCCAAGUGUUUAGUGAAUAUCCAAGUGUUCGGAAGGUUUUGAAUUAUGUAAGUAGUACUUUACCUUACCUUACCUUACCUUACCUUACCUUGCCUUACCUUACCCUACCUUACCUUACCUUACCCUAUCCUACCCUACCUUAUCCUUCCCCCUAAUAUACAAGUACCGUACUUUUUUUUCAGUUCCACCACCUUCUACUGCCCCUUGAACAACUUCUAUUUGGUAAUCACGUAGUUUUUGUUGAAAUGGACUUUGAUGGUAAUGUCGUAUCUUCAGUUCAUGAUCCAGAAGGACGGUUGAAAGUUACUACGACUGUAAUUGACGAUGGGAAGUAUCUUUAUUUCGGAAAUCUCUUCACUGACUAUAUUGGAAGGGCUUUGAGGCCAUGA